UUGAGUCAUCCAUCAUGGCGGACGAAGCACCACAGAAGAAGAUCAAAGUCACUGUAAAAACCUCUAAAAACAAAGAAAUUAUCGAAAUUUCACCCGAAGCAACGAUAAAAGAGUUUAAAGAAGAGGUAUCUUCAAAGUUUGAAGCCGCUGUUCCUCAAUUGUGUCUGAUUUUUGCCGGAAGAAUUCUCAAAGAUGCAGACACUUUAGAAUCGUACCAAAUAAAAGAUGGGCUAACAGUACAUCUGGUGAUAAAAUCCGAUAACAAGGCUCAACAGCAGGCAGCAGAACAUGGAUCUUCAACAAGAAGUGCUGCACCAUCUUCAGCUACUCCCAGCGCAGGGCCUACUCCACCAUCAACAGCCCAGCCACCACCUUUUGAUAUGUUUGGUCUUGGAGGAAUGGGAAUGGGUGGAAUGAACCCAGGUGGUGAUCUGAAUCAGAUGAGCCAACAAUUACAACAACAGAUGAUGACGAAUCCUGAUCUCAUGAGACAGAUUUUGGAUAAUCCUAUGGUUCAGAGCAUAACAUCCAACCCAGAGUUAAUGCGACAGAUGCUACUCAGUAACCCUCAGAUGCAAACUCUAGUAGAGAGGAAUCCUGAGAUCUCCCAUAUCUUGAAUAACCCAGAUCUUAUGAGACAGACUAUGGAAAUGGCACGUAACCCAGCAUUGAUGCAAGAGAUGAUGAGAAAUCAAGACAGAGCUUUGAGUAACCUGGAGAGUCUGCCUGGAGGAUUUAAUGCUUUGCAAAGAAUGUACACAGAUAUACAAGAACCAAUGAUGGAUGCUGCUCAAGAGCAGAUUCAGCAGCUUCAGAAUAAUCCUUUUGCUGCUCUCUUAGGUCAAGGAGGAACUACAACUAAUACCACUGCAUCUACCACCACUGAAAGCAACUCUACCAAUCCACAGCAAGGAACUGAAAAUGUAUCCCCUCUACCCAACCCCUGGGCACCAGCAGGCGCUAGAACUGAAACUACAGCAGCCACGCGGCCAGCUACUUCUCGACCUGCUACUACUGGAACUACCCCUACCUCUCAGACCUCUCAACCUACUAGUCAAACUACCAACCCUCAAUUUUCUGGGAUGUUCCAAACACCAGCAAUGCAGAAUCUUUUACAGCAAAUGCAGGCCAACCCAGAAAUGUUGCAGAAUACAAUGCAGUCUCCCUACAUGCAGCAAAUGAUGACACAGAUGAUGCAGAACCCUGAACUAAUGGCUAAUAUUUUGAGGACCAACUCAAUGUUUCAAGGCAAUCCACAGCUAGCAGAGCAGUUUGCCAGUAGGCUACCAGAGUUUAUGACACAGAUGCAGAACCCAGAAUUUCAAACUUACAUGGCGAACCCCAGGGUGCUACAGGCUAUGACACAGAUACAGCAGGGCGUCCAGCAACUGCAAUCAGAAGCACCAGGAUUACUGCCUGGGGGAGGAUUGGGUGGUGGUCUAGGUGUAGUACCUCCAGCUACAACAACUACUACUAGCAGUAGUACAACAUCUUCUAGUAGAGAAAACACUACCACAACCACACCUUCUACAGGAACGACAGGCAUGCCCAAUCCCUUGCUGUCUGGGUUAGGACAAGAUCCUGCUAUGGCACAGCUGAUGUCCCAGAUGAUGUCGUCUAUGGCACAGGGUCAAAAUCAAAAUCCUGAAGUUCGUUUCCAAACCCAGUUAGAGCAACUUGCAUCAAUGGGAUUUGUAGAUCGCCAACGUAAUAUUCAAGCCCUGAUAGCCACUGGAGGUGAUGUCAAUGCUGCCAUAGAGAGGCUACUGCAAUAAAUAACAAUACGACAAACCAUACUGACAAGAAUAUAACUGACGGAAGAAAACCAAUCAUUUGUCAUUACAGUGUUACUGCGCUUGUGCUUGCAACCUAGGAAUAUUUGCAUCCAUGGAUUUUUUCCCAGGAUAGGCUUUGUUUGCCUUAGCUCAUCUGGUGAUUACCAACUGUACCAAGUCUUAUUUUAAACAUUCCAAAAAUUCAUGAUAUUGAAAAAUAUAAUUACCAACUAAUAUUAUUUGCCUCUGGGAAUACUAUUUUAUAUUUUGAAAUAACAUAUUCUUUUUAUAGUAUAUCUCAGUCCCAAUGUAAUAAUCCAUCAGGCUUGGAUUGUUGCAUCUCAGCAGGGCUUAAGAUGAUAACUGUAAAUCAUGAUUCGGACAAUGUCUAGACACAAUUAGAACUAAUCUAGUCAAAUCUUUGCCUUGCCAGUCAUUUUAACCAGUAAUGUUGAGUCAGAAAUGAGGUAUAACUGAAAUAAAUGAAUUUAACUGGUAAUCAUGACCAGCAACUGACAAGUUGUUAUUUUAAGCUCUGCUUUGAUGGGCUUAAUGCAUAGUCCUGCAGCACAAUUUCUUGGUUGCAUUCUUUGUGUGACAUCCAGUAAUACAAGCCAUAUUCUUAUUAUACAUAUAUAUCUCAGUCCCAUCGAAUAAUGAAAUUCUUCUGGAUCAUCUUGUUUUCUGAUUAGUUAUUAUCAAGUCAUGUCACACACUCUUUGUUCCAUAACUUGUCUGACAUCUACUAAUUCUCUAAAUAUGGGACAGACAUUUGCACAAACCCAAAUAAUUAGUGACAGCUUUGUCUUGGCCUAAAAUACUGUUGUCCACCUAGUUUCUUUAGAUACACAUAUACGUAGGCCUUAAAUAUUACCAUUGUUCAGAGAAAAACUAUACUAUGCUCUACUGUUAGUGAAAGAAUAUCUAGACAAAAGAGCCUAGCAGGUUCUGCCAAUAUCACAAACCGGAAGGUGUGUUUUAGGCUAUUUGUAAUCUUUGCUUUUAAUGAAAAACUUGAAUAUCUUAGUCCA